AGGGGAAGGAGCGCACUGGCGGAGCUGCCGGGAGAGGCGAACACAGCCACGGAGAGAGAGAGAGAGAGACACCCACGGCGCGUCACACACGGAGCAGAGCGGAGGGGAGCGCGGUCCAGCCCCGGAACGCGCGGUUUCACAGCAGCGGCCGCGCGUUUAUUCACGAGCCGACACUUUUACGCACGCACUCCGGAGCUGCAUCCAGCACCACAGCUUGAGUUUUCUUUUGCGCAACAACGGACUGAUGUCGGAGGAAGAUCUUUGCAGGAAAAUCCGUGGAUUUUUUAUUUUAUUUAUUUAUUUUUUUUGCUUUUAAUCACGAGUGAUUUUACAAACUAAAUGCACCAGAAACAAACCGAGCCACGGCUGAAGAUUUGGGAAUAUUUGAGCAACAGACGCAAAUGUUUCUGGUGUUUUCAACCAGUGGUUUGUACUUUGUUUUAAAGUGAAGAUUUCUAUCUGUCAUCCGUGUCUGUCUCUGAAUCCCCCACGCGUGUUGUGACCCGCAGAAGGACAGUGCAGCCCAACGAGCGCAACGACAUGGAUUUUGCGGCUUUAAUAUGUAUUUAGAGUAAAGAAAAAAUAAAAAUUGCGCUUAUUUCAGAUCGAUUCGCGCAGAUUGUGCAGAUCUGGAGAAGCAGCGGUGUCACGCACAGGCACAACUUCAACAAGAGUAGUUCACCACGCGUGAUCCCGAAGAGCCCGUGGAAGGCACCCGGCGUUUGGAGUGGAUUUCCAACACGCUGCUGCUUCUGCGCUCCAGAGAAAUAGAAAACUGUGGAAGAAAAAAAAAAGAGGGGCAACAGAUUUGUCCUAAACACAAAGAAAACUGAAGAGGAGUUUUUUUUUUGUUUUAUUUUCCCCCAGAACAGAAGCAAACAUGGAUUUACUGCUAUGGUUUUGUGGAUGUUUACUGGCUUUCCUUUCGCCUUCAGUCAAAGCAGAGGAAGGAGCAUCGGAGCCAUGUGGUGGUUAUUUAGACGCCAGCGACGCCGGUUACAUCACCACCCCCGGGUACCCGCUGGAGUACCCGCCCCAUCAGAACUGCCGCUGGAUCAUCACGGCGCCGGAGCCUUCGCAACGCAUCGUCCUCAACUUCAACCCGCACUUUGAGAUUGAGAAGCUGGACUGCAGGUACGACUACGUAGAGAUCCACGACGGGAACUCGGAGUCGGCCGACCUUCUGGGAAAACACUGCAGUAACAUCGCUCCAGCUCCGAUCAUCUCGUCUGGACCGUCGCUACACAUCAAGUUUGUGUCAGACUACGCCCACCAGGGGGCGGGCUUUUCUCUGCGAUAUGAGAUCUUCAAAACAGGUUCAGACUGUUCACGAAACUUCACUGCACCCACGGGACUCAUCGAGUCUCCCGGUUUCCCCGAUAAGUAUCCACACAACCUGGAGUGUUCUUUCAUCAUCAUCGUCCCCCCCAGCAUGGACGUGUCCCUCACCUUCCUGACCUUUGACCUGGAGAACGACCCCCUGCCAGGCAGCGAGGGCGACUGCAAAUACGACUGGUUGGAAGUGUGGGACGGGCUACCAGGAGUGGGCCCUCUGAUUGGUCGAUACUGUGGGACGAAGGUGCCUCCUGAGAUCCAAUCAUCUACUGGGAUUCUGUCUCUGUCCUUCCACACCGACAUGGCCGUCGCCAAGGACGGAUUCUCAGCGCGAUACAACAUGACGCACAAGGAAGUCAGCGAAACUUUCCACUGCAGUAACGCCUUCGGUUUGGAGUCGGGAAAGAUCACAGACGAUCAGAUCACGGCCUCGUCGAGUUUCUACGACGGGCACUGGCUACCGAGACAGGCCCGACUCAACUACAACGACAACGCAUGGACGCCCAACGACGACAGCAACAGGGAGUACAUACAGGUGGACCUCCAUGUUUUAAAAGUCAUCACCGGCAUCGCCACACAAGGCGCCAUCUCCAAGGAAACGCAGAAGUCGUACUACGUCACCACCUUUAAGCUGGAGGUCAGCACCAACGGGGAGGACUGGAUGGUCUACAGACACGGCAAGAACCACAAGGUGUUUCAUGCCAACACCGACCCCACUGAGGUGGUUCUGAACCGCAUCCCACAGCCCGUCCUGGCUCGCUUCGUCCGAAUCCGACCUCAGACGUGGAAAAACGGCAUCGCGCUGCGUUUCGAACUUUACGGCUGUCAGAUCACAGAUGCUCCCUGUUCAGAGCUCCAGGGCAUGUUGUCAGGGCUCUUACCGGACUCCCAGAUCUCAGCGUCGUCCAUGAGGGACAUCCACGGGUCCAUGGGCGCCGCCCGGCUGGUCGCCAGUCGCUCAGGGUGGUUCCCCAACCCCACCCAGCCCAUCGCCGGAGAAGAGUGGCUACAGGUGGAUCUCGGCGUGCCCAAAAUGGUCCGUGGCAUCAUUACCCAGGGGGCUCGGGGGCUGGAGGGGAGCACCAGCACCGAGAAUAGAGCUUUUGUCCGGAAAUACAAACUGGCUCACAGCCUGAACGGCAGAGACUGGACGUACAUCACCGACAGCAAGACGGGGUUAGCAAAGAUUUUCGAGGGGAACAGUCACUACGAUACCCCAGAGGUGCGUAGGUUUGAUGAGAUCGUGUCCCAGUACAUCCGAGUGUUUCCAGAGCGGUGGUCGCCUGCUGGGAUCGGCAUGAGGAUGGAAGUCCUGGGCUGCGACCUGCCCGAAACCACCACCGUACCCGACACGGCGACCCCGACUCCACCCAAAGUGGACCAGACGACGGCAGCUCUGAGACCCGCCACCACUCCGUCCCUGUCAGCUGUUUGCGACUUCGAGCAGAGCUUGUGCGGUUGGUCAGCUGACCCCCAGUCCGGCGUCAGCUGGACUCUGCACACGGCCGGCGGCGGCGGUGGACACGGAUCCCACGGAACCCGACUGGACCUGGCGCUGGGUUCGGACAACUUCUCAGGGAACUACCUCCACGUGGAUGCCGGCGCCCACACCCAGCGUAAGCGAGCCCGCCUGCUGAGCCCCGAGGUGGGGCCGGAGCAGGGCCCGCUGUGCCUCCUCUUCUACUACCAGCUGCAGGGGGAGGCGCAGGGCAGUCUGAGGGUCCUCCUGAGGGACAGCGACCAGGAGGAGACGCUGCUGUGGUCUCUGAAAGGAGACCAGGGUCCUCACUGGAGGGAGGGGCGCACCAUCCUGCCCCAGAGCCCCAAGGAGUAUCAGGUGGUGUUUGAAGGGUUUUUUGAACAUCCGACCAGAGGCCACAUCAGAAUAGACAACAUCCACAUGAGUAACAGCAUGGAGCUGGAACAGUGCACACAGCCUCUCCCUGCUUUAACUCCUGGAAUAAGCAAUCCCAGACCCAUGGACUUUGGAAAAGACCCAGUUUUCAACAGACCCUCCAUCGAUGAAGAGUACGUCUUUCCCGGGUGGCCGUCCUCCUUCUCCACCCCGUCCUCCAAUGAUGUGGACCCGUCCUCCGUCACCCUGGUGUCGGAGAAAGACAAGGACAACGCCUGGCUCUACACGCUGGACCCCAUUCUGCUCACCAUCAUCGUCAUGAGCUCGCUCGGUGUCCUGCUGGGCGCCAUUUGUGCCGGCCUCCUCCUCUACUGCACGUGCUCGUACAGCGGCCUCUCCUCGCGUUCCUCCACGACGCUGGAGAACUACAACUUUGAGCUGUACGACGGCAUCAAGCAUAAAGUAAAGAUUAACCAGCAGAGGUGCUGCUCGGAGGCGUGAAGGGACGGUAGAAGACGAGGACCAUGAAGAAUUUAUGGGGACGCGCCCGAGUUCCCUUGAAGUAGUUUUGUUCUCAGUUUGGACAAUGAAACCACGAAAAAGAAGCACUAUCUGUUAUCCAGUCUGUGUCCCCUACCUAGUAUCCUGCUACUCCCUUGCUCUGAUGUCUGAAGGGGGAUCCAACCUAGAGUUUCCCCACCUACUUGUGUGCCAGUGGGAGUCGGUGACAUUGAUCCCCCAUCCGUUGCUGUGAGGCCUAAACGGGGGGAACAUCAGAUGCCAGCCUCCCCUUUCUACAGUACCAUAUCUCCUCUGCCUGCAGGAGAGAGCCUGCUCAAUUCUACAAGCCUGUGAAUGAAUGAAGGAAUGAAUAAAUGAAUAUGACAGAUUUACCAUUUAAUUUAACCCACCAGCCACUGGAAUGAAGCUAAAACAGAGACGAACUAGAGCCCGUGACAAUCUGGACAUUUGGACUACAAAUGGCAGCACAGUCUGGGGUGUUUGGUGAAAGCAACGGUGUCGACAUUCUGCAUGAAGUCGGGAAUUGCGUCACGAAGAGGGCGACUUCCACUUUCAGCUGGAGCUUGACUGGUGCCAAAAGUGUUGUGCAGAAAUGGAAAAAGUUCCUCCUCUUCGUGACUGAGGAGUUGGGCUUCAGUGGACCAUUUUGACGGUGGAACUUUGACUGAAAUCAACACAUAUCAAGCGAAUGCCUAGCCCCUAUCAACACCACAACCCGAAAACCAACGUAGGUUCCUAAAGGCGAGAAAGGUGGGAAAAAAAAAAAGAGAACGAUAAAGGACAUUUUCAUUUGUUUGGUUUUUUAGAUAUGAGUUCUGUGAGUUUCGGAAGCGUCCACUCGCUCGCUCCUUUGUCUGCCUUUGGUCUGCGCUUUGUGAAACCAGUGGCAUAGAAGAGUAAUGGUGACUGUUUUUGUUCUGUUUUAGACUCGUGUCCGUUCAGGAAAAAAAAAAAAGGUAAAGAAAAGCCAGCUUCAGUUUGUAACCGCCCUGUAGAGUUCUUACGCCAUUUUUAGACUUUCUUUAGCGUUGUGUUGGACUCCACAGUCUCAGUCUUUGUUCUAUUUUGGCACAUUUUUUCUGUUGCAGAUUAUAAGAAUAGAGGAAAGGGAAAGCAUAACGGAGGACAGAAAAUCAGAGGUUUAUCUAAAUCUAACAUGCUGUUAUGGAGUCGUGCUUUAGAUUCAGUAUUCUAGAGUUUGUCUUUGGUAUACAUAUAUAUUUUUUUGCUUUUCAGACUGUAUGAUGCCCAAAUGAUGGACAGACACUGUGUGAAAAAUAUGUCAGUGAUUGUUUUAUUGCAACCUAUGGAUUGCCAAAGAGCUGCGUCUGUGCACGUGGAGGGGGUUAAAACAGGUCUGGGUGGAGAACGGACUGAAUCAUCCUGCCUUUUUAACCACCGCUGUUAAGUCAACCCCUGAAUGAAGAACGCUAAAUUUAAAAAAAAAAAUGAAUGGAAGGAGAAGGAAUGAUAAAGGAGGAGUAUGGAAAAUCGUCCCAUCAACUUUCUUGGACCCACAAUCGAGCCUUAAGCUAACUACAGUAUACGCUGUAUCGGAGGACAGCCAUUGAAGAGGGCCAGUGCUGCUGGAGAGACUGACGACGGAGAGAUACACAAAAACACACAACAAACACACAAACAUACACGGAUAGGAAAAGAGAGAUGGAGAAGGGAAGACAAGGAGGGACAAAGGAGAACGGAUAUGUUUACAUGCAGGAAAAAGCCUGUUCUUCAUGUUAUUUGAGUUUUCUGUUAUGUCCUGUUGUGGCAUCUUGCAGUUUCUCCUGCUGCCUUUAGGGGCGCUAAUCAGUCAAACAUGAUAAGUGGGUCAUUCUGCAUCAAUCAAAAGUGGUAAAAUUAAAUGAUUAGCAAAGCCAGAGUGAGGAUAUUAGACCUUCUCAGAAAACAUGGUUAUAAACAAAGCCAUUUCCUCGUCUUCAUUAAAAGUUGAUUAUCAGUAACAAUAUACACAGCAUGGACGAAAACUAUUCCCAGACGCUAUAUGUCAUUGUCUUUAGUUUUAAUUACAGCAUUGUUUCACUAAGCUUAUGCAACAUCAUAUGAUUUAUUUCCAUCAUUUUACGGACGCUAGCAACCCUAGAUCAUAACAAAACAGACUGUCAUAAAAUAAUAAAUAAACACAAAAGAACAGUCAGGAAAACAUCCAAGCCAUUCGGAAACACUGAAACACUACAUACUUCUAAAUAGUUUAGAGGAAAAAGGAGAAUAUAGAGUCAAAUCACAUCUCCGUUGUCCUUGUAGAUAAAUAACGAUCUUUCUUCCUGACUGUUUUUAAUGUAUUUCUUAUACAUUUUAAAACAUUUACAACAAUGUUUAGUUCCUAUUGGCCACUUCUAUCCUUAUACCAACAUUUACAAGUGUUGGCACAUUUUCUGGCAUGGUGUUAAUGGUUUAGCGCCUCUACAGGCAGUAGGAGGAACUGCAGAAAACAAUGAACGCAGACGACAGGAUAAAUAACAGUUUCAUGUAGCUCGUGAUAAUGCAAUGAAAAGAACUUUGUUAGGGUUAGGAAAAGAUCACGGUAAGGGGUAAAACCAUUAGCAGUUACACUUCUCUGAAAUUGAAAAGUGUGUCCAGACAUUAACGCCACCAAACUGGUCAUAUUUUACCACAGAUAUGAUGAUGACGUCCUUAAACAACUGACCGGUGUUGUAGUUUUUUGUAGUUUUUGUGGUCAGUUACACUCAUAAACCCAGAAUUUAACAUAUCAAUAGACACUUACGAUCAGCAUAUCUUCUAAUCAUUCCUCUCAGUCUGCACAGGUGUAAACAUAUUUAACCUAAAUUUAUCGUUUCUAUGGUCAUGAUGGAUCCACUGUGACUGAGUUUGACUGUGACCAUUACUUUUCCCAUGUGUCACAUUAUCUCUUCUCAGGGUCAUAACAAAGUCAAACACAUACAUCAUAUAGACGCUGCAGCGCACUUUACAUCAGUGUCAAAAACUAAACAAAU